AUGUCAGAUCCAACUUCUACUAUCCAUGUUUUAAAACCCCAUCAUCUUAGCCUUCUAAGGCUUAUUGUGAUGAUCUUGCAAGCUGAAAGCCCGCGACUGAUGUUUGGCCCGAUACCGUCCGAUUUCUUGCUUCACGUCUACCGUAUCGUUCUGUACGAGAUCUCGGAGGUCUCAAAACCACGUAACUUCGCUGAGCUCGUCACUGAGAUUGCGAAGGGUCCAAUGGCGGAUCAACCGGGCCCACAAAAGUUCCGCCGUGACCUUGCUGUUGAACCUUUUAUUCUGCAAAAACCAGAACAGCUGUCCCAGUUCUUUAGAGGUGUGCCUAAACUCUUCCUUGAGAAAGAUGAGGAGGAGGAUCAUAUUCGAUUUACUCGCCGUUCCUUGUUUGGUUAUUUUUGCAGACGGUGCUUCUUCAGUUUUGUUAAACUAUCAUUUACCGGUCGCGCAAAACUUCAAAAGGACUAUGGGAUGUGGCUCUUGCAGAACAUCGGAGAAGUUGCUUCCAAUGUCUCGGAUAAUUACCAUAAUUUCAAGAGGGAUAGACUGACAAAUGGUGCUCGUGCUCGUAAAUUCCGAGAUUGCUUCACGCUUACCCAGCCAUCAGACUAUCAAAUAUACAAGACUCACGCCGAUAAAAGGCCGUUUGCCACAACUGAUGCUUUCGCAGCCUACGAGAAAGGAUUGGCCGUUGGUGACGAGAGCACUGCAACCGAGAAUCUGCGGAGGUUCUUUGAGCAACAUUUUCAUGAAGAGAACGAUUCGGGCCUUCGACAGCAUGCAUUGUUGAAUCUUGCGCGAAAACAUUAUAUGAGUCACGAGUACACGGCCUGUCGGAAGUUCUUACAAGAAGCAAUUGGUGUUGCCCGUACUGGCAAUGACAAGCUUACCCUGCAGCAUUGCAUGAGUAUGCUGCACCGCCUUCCUCCCACUGAGCGUGGUCAAAAACCGAUUCUCAACGACAUUCAACCCGAUCUGCAUCCGCUCGAAGUUUUAUACGACGUACAGAAAUUAGUGCAAAUCGGUAAUCAACAACCCCUAUCGGCGUCUUUCGAAAAGGUUUUUCAGGCAAUCGGUUUGUAUGACCAUUGGAUCGAUAUACAACACGGUUCAUUUGUGGAAUCGGAGCAAUGGGGACAACAUGCUGUGCAGAGUAUUGUGUGGGCUAUGCACGGGAGUACUCGGCUCUCGCACAUAGAAGAGAACGUUGUCACUGCUUUCACAACAGUCGGCGGCGAUGAUAACAAUCGUGUUGUCGUCACGCUUCACCGAGCAUACUACCGAGCUCGUCAGGGCAAAUAUCGGGACGCUAUCGCAAUUCUUCUCGAUCCUGAUGUUUGGCGAGGCCUUAGCAUUGUCCACUAUAAUAUGUGGGCCAGUGAAAUCUGGCAUAUCCUCGUUCUUCGUGCCAGCCGUCGUCGUCAAGAGCGCCAGUUCGCAGAAUUUCUGAAGCAACGACGUCCACAUGGUUCCUAUAAGCCAAGAGAAUACUGGUUCUGGUCACAAAUGUCUCUAGGUUCCAUGAUUCGUGACCCUCUGUAUGAGGUCAUGCAAAUGCGGGGAAUUGAUCAAGGACAUGCAUGGAUCGAGUCACUGCUUACUGCCUUAUGGCAUGCGGAGUUCCAGAAUCGCUAUAGUUUGUAUAGGAUUGCCAUCAUCUUGCUGGCUGAUAUUGGCCUCGAAUUUGGCAUGACAAAGUGGUGUCGGCGAAUCAUCGAUGAGAUCAUGCCUCAAGUAAUUGAUGGAAGUGAGUUAGAGCAAAGAGCAUUGGCGUGUUUCGUCUUGGCAAGAUGUAUCAUUGCCGCGGGGGAUUCAUCGCCUGAAGCAUUGAGGGAAUGCUUGCCCUAUCUCAAGAUCGCUGAGAAAGAUUACAACACGCUUGAGAUAUUUCGUUCACUUCAAGACGUCCAAUUCCUUAUAUCAGUGGUGUACCACAACCUCGGAAUGACCAAGGAAAGGGAUGAAGCAGCAGCACGUCAACUCAAGACUGAAGAGGAAGGUAAGAAGGCCGCAGCCAUCGUAUUGGAAGAUUGGGUCAUAGACGUGUUAGAGAUUGUUGGUGAUGUAGGAGCCGCUCUUGCGAGUAGAUAG